AUGGCCGAAUCUCUCGUCUUCAUCUAUGGCGCCCCCAAACCGAUCGACGGAAUUCAGCUCAUCACGCAGUCCAUACCCACUUAUGGGCCGGAAGAAGUCGUUGUUGAGUUCCUCGCGGCCCCUGUCAACCCAUUGGACUUUCUCGUUAUUCACGGAAAGUACCCUAUCAAGCCCAAGAGCAACAUCACGGGACAGGAUGGCAAGCAGUGGGCAAUUCCGGGCUCCGAUGGUGCAGCUCGCAUUAUCCAAGUCGGUUCUGCCGUCAGCAACUUGGCCGUUGAUGACCUCGUUAUUCUCCGAGCCCACUGCAAAGGCACGUGGAGAACGCAUGCAGUCUUCGUGGAAGAAGAUCUCAUCCGCAUUCCGUCUACUGUCAAGCCGCAUCUUGCGUCGAUUUUGCGCAUGGGCAUCGCCCCCGCCUAUUUCCUGCUGAGGGAAUACCACAACCUCGAUCCCGGAGACUGGAUCAUCCAGAACGCAGCCACCGGAACUAUCAGUCAUUUCGUCAGUCAACUAGCCCCGCUAUAUGGCAUCAAAGUCAUUAGCGUGAUCCGCGACCGACUCACGGCCGAUGAGCUAGAGCGCACUAAGCGCUCACUGCGCUCCCACGGUGCAUCCUUGGUCCUGACGGAAGAAGAGCUCCGUACCACCGAUGCCUUGACAGGAAAGAGAAUCGUGCUGGCAAUUGACUCUGUCUCGGAUGAUUCACUGGCCCGAAACAUGGCAGCAUCCCUCAUUCCAGGCGGCACGCUUGUAACGGCAGGAUUCCUCGGGACGGCUGAAUCUCGGGAGGGGAAUCUUCGUCAGUUCCUGUGGCAGUGUAAUAUUACGCUCAAAUCCUUCAGGCUAAGUGAUUGUCUCGGUCGGCGGGCCCCUCUACAGCAGGUGGCGCUUUUCGAGUGGUUUGCAGAAUUAUUGACUCAUGGGACCCUGAAAGCGCCAGCGCUAGAGUUUGUGACAUGGAAACGUGGCGCAAAGGGCCUGCAGAAAUCGCUCUUUGAUUCGAUUCAGCGGGCCCAUGACGAUGAGGCGAUCGGGGGUCGGAAGACCGUCUUCGUGUUCGAGUAA